AUGGCAACUGCUUUAGAAAACCUGGAAUCUCAAUUGGAGAUGUUUACUGAAAAUGUAAGACAAAUAAGAAUAAUUGUUAGUGAUUUUCAACCACAGGGUCAAAAUGUUUUAAACCAAAAAAUUCAAUCUUUGGUUCAUGGUUUGCAAGAGAUUGAUAAGCUUAAAUCACAGGUUCAAGAAGUACAUGUACCAUUAGAGGUUUUCGAAUAUAUUGAUCAAGGAAGAAAUCCACAAUUGUACACAAAAGAUUGUAUAGAAAAGGCUCUUACAAAAAAUGAACAAGUUAAAGGAAAAAUUGAUGCUUACAGAAAAUUUAAAGCGCAUUUAUUAGUCGAAUUAAAUGCUGCUUUUCCCAAUGAAAUUACCAAAUAUCGAGCUAUUAGAGGAGAUGAAAGAUCAAGAAAACUUGUAAAAAAAUAUUUUGAAUUUGUAAAACUGCAUUUACAAUGA